AUGCUACUCUUUGUAUCGAUUUUUGUUGAAAUGGCGGCCGCUUAUAUUGCUCCCGAAAAACAAGAUCCGGCGGAAGCAUGUAAAUUGUUCAGCUCUGCCGCUCAGAAGUGGGGUAACCGGCCGCUAAUCGAAGCGGGGAAGUACCUGUUUGCGAAAGCCUGCGACAAAUGGUUGCAAGAACACCCGAAAUUCGAAAACAUCGACAAGUGCCUCCUGACACAUUUCAACAAACCGGCAAUGAGAGAGGGUUGCGCGCCGACAAACGGGAGUUCGUUAUGCAGCGCCCUCGCCGAGAUGAUGAAGUGCACGGUGCUAAACAUAGCCACGUUCUGCCACAGCGAGCAGGAGCGGAUAUACAUGGCAAAGCGGAUGCAGGUUACGUUACUCACGCAACUCAACGGGAGAAUGCCUGCUGAGUGUCUGAAGCCGGUGAUUGCGCUGUUGAACUCUGUUGAGAACGUGAGAACAACUCCCGCACCACCGACACUCGCGCCAACAAUGCAAGGCCCGUCCAAGGACUACGGAGAU